UGAACCUUGUGUUAAAAAAAAAUAACAGCCAUUAUUGCACUUUGUUGCAGGUGGUGAAUGGAAAAAAAUAUGUAUCUGUGGGCUCACCACAAGAUGUCACAAAUGACUCCAAACUGCUAACAUCGAGUGUUGUUCAGUGCAGGUGUCCGUUGGAAGAACACCAGAUUAACUGCAGGAAGACGAUGGCCGUGUGCGAGGUGAGAACAAAACUUUUGUUAAACGUUGCAUUUAGUGUGCAUUUAGUCCACUUUAAAAGCUGACAGUUACUAAGAGCAACUGCUGACAUUGACACUGGUCCUUGGUUUUAGUGAAGUCUGCCCAAAUGUUUUUGACAUGUAGUAGAGAUGAAAAGGGAAUCACAGCUACAGGAGCCCGUACUGUCUACAAUUUAGACACAGCCGAAAUCAUGAGAAUAUGGUGUGUUUUUGCAGUUUAAUGUUUCUGUCAUUUAGCAUCAAAGGACUGUGUGGUUUGUGUGUUAAAUGAGUUCUGACCAGCCUUCACUUUGUUGUUUUGAGAAAUGGCUGUUCUUCUGCAAAACAAAAACCUUUUGUGAGAUCUUUUGGACAAAUGUGUUGGUUUUUUUGCAGGGUAGAGAUGAGGGAAUAAAUUUCACUCUCACUGUUUUCUUACUUUAAUUUUAGCCAUAUUCUACUGUAGCCUGUUUAGUAUUCUAGUUCAAAAUAUAUUAUUAAUAUCCGAGUCCUUGGAAAUGGCAGUUUUCGAAUCCUUAAAGACUAACACAAGAGGCACUCCAAAUUGUAUUUUUAGGCCACGUCAUUGGUUUAAAUUCCCACUGCUGCUGCGGUGAUUGUGAUUUGCCAGUUGGUGCUGGUGGUGUGCCAGCUUCAUACUGUAAACUGCCUGUUGUAUCGUUCCAGCAUUUGCUCGCACACUUUGUCUGGGGCAUUAGGGUGUUAAUGGAUUACUGAAAGGUGUUGACUCAGGUGUGAGUGAGUGAAUGAGGCUGGUAUCCUGUUCAAACUGUUCUGGGAUCUACUUCAGGCAUCAGCCUCUCGUCCCUUCUUUAUCUCUCUUACCCGUCUGCCUCUGUUUUUUUUUGUUUUUUUUUUUAAUUUUGUUUCCUGUUGUUCGCUCCUGUCCUGUGUCGUAGAGAGCAGCACUCAUCUCACUCUUUUGCAGUUUCAUGCAAUGUUUUCUUUUUGCGUCGCCUAACAGUCCCUUACUGUGAACAUGGAUAUCGGUGGGCUGACCACCGUUGUGGCCAACUCUGCGUACAUCAAUGCCCGUGGAAGCAUCGAUGGCUCCAGCGCCGCGGCAGGCAGGGAUAAAAAGUACCACUCUCGUCUCAAGCUGCCCCAUAUCACUGUGUGUGAGGACUUGAGGGACACCCUGGAUCUGACCUUUGACUCCGCCUGUGUGGAACAACCUAUUGGCAAGCGCCUCUUUAGGGAAUUCUUGAAUGCCAACAAAGAGUAUCACGGCGCUUGUCGUUUGUGGAAAGACAUUGAAGACUAUGACCUGGCAGAGGAUUCCGACAGAAGCACCAAGGCCUCCAAGAUCGUCCAGCGGUACAUGGAUCCCUCUGCCAAGAACUACUGCCCAUUCUUGUCUGAGGAAGUCAUAGCCAAGGUGAAGAAAGAUCAGGACGCUGUCGGAGAUGAUUUAUUUGCUUCAGCGCUGUCCACAAUGUUGGACUAUCUGCGUGAGGCGCCCUACACUUUCUACCUGGAGAGCAUGUACCUGAAGAGGUUCCUGCAGUGGAAGUGGCUGGAGAUGCAGCCCAUGGAUGUGGACUGGUUCCUGGAUUUCCGUGUGUUGGGGAAAGGCGGGUUUGGGGAGGUGUCGGCGUGUCAGAUGAAAGCCACCGGGAAACUUUAUGCCUGUAAAAAACUGAACAAGAAGAGACUUAAGAAAAGGAAAGGAUUCGAGGGUGCCAUGGUGGAGAAGAUCAUUCUGGAGAAGGUCCACAGUCGCUUCAUUGUAUCACUGGCAUAUGCCUUCCAGACAAAGGAUGAGCUUUGUCUGGUCAUGACCAUUAUGAACGGAGGAGACCUCAAGUACCACAUCUACCUGGUGGAUGAGAACAACCCAGGCUUUGAUGAACCCAGAGCCUGUUUUUACACAGCUCAGAUUAUUCAAGGCAUGGAACAUCUGCACCAGAAAAGAAUCAUCUACAGAGACCUCAAACCAGAGAACGUGCUGCUAGAUAACGAUGGCAACGUCCGUAUUUCUGACCUGGGUCUCGCUGUGGAGCUGAAAGAGGGUAAAACGAUGACCAAAGGCUACGCUGGAACACCAGGUUACAUGUCCCCUGAGAUGCUAAAAGGUGAAAAAUACGACACCUCGGUGGACUACUACACUCUUGGGGUCACGCUUUUCGAGUUCAUGGCUGCAAAGAACCCCUUCAGGAACAGGGGGGAGAAGGUCGAUCGUGAGGAGAUGAAGGAGCGUGUGUUGACACGGGUGGUGGAAUAUCCAGACAAUUUCAGUGAACAUGCAAAGUCACUUUGUCAAGGACUGUUGGCCAAACAGGUUGAUGAGAGGCUGGGCUUUAAGAACGGCUGCUGUGAUGAGAUUAGGGCACAUCCAUUCUUUAAAGACAUCAACUGGAGGAAACUGAAUGCAGGCAUCCUCCCACCACCCUUUGUCCCUGACCCUAAAAGAGUUUAUGCUAAAAGCCUGGAUGAUGUUGGAGCGUUCUCCUCUGUGAAGGGCGUUGCAUUUGAAGAAUCUGACAAAACCUUUUUUGACAAUUUUUCUUCUGGAAACAUAUCCAUUCCCUGGCAGGAGGAGAUGAUCGACAUGGGUAUUUAUGCAGAACUCAACCUUUGGGGUCCUGAGGGCACCGUCCCCAAUGACCUCCGCAGGGAGUCCAUACUGGAGCAACCAAAGUCAUCGACCUGCUCCGUGUCAUAAAGAUGACCAGUCAGACCUUCAGACUGAGAUGGUC